AUGAGGGGAAAUCACAUCUGCUGCAGUGGUGGGGAUGAACCUGAGAGUUUGGAUGGAUAUGGAGAAGAGAAUGGCAAGCUUGGCUGUAGGACUCCCAGAGAAGAAGACCUUUUGCAGUUGACGUCUGGGAUAACAGGAUGGGUGGGGAAGAAGUUUGGAGAAGUUCUGCUUGGUCCACUGGAGAUGGGGGCAGAGAGCAUGGCGAGGCUGCACCAGGUGGUCUGCUACAGUUGGGGCGAGAGUGGGGCACUGAAUUUAGGUGAGAGGAAAGAGAGCUCCAAGCUCUUUUCCUCCGGCACGGUGAGUGAGUUGUCUGCUACCGACGGUCCUAUUGUCAUCAGGGGUCGCCGCCCCGCCCGGUGUUACCGGUGUUGUAAGAACAAGCCGUACCCAAAGUCUCGCUUCUGCCGAGGUGUCCCUGAUGCUAAAAUCCGCAUCUUUGACUUGGGAUGGAAGAGGGCAAAAGUUGAUGAAUUCCCGCUUUGUGGCCACAUGGUGUCCCAUGAAUACGAACAACUCUCUUCCGAAGCUCUGGAGGCUGCCCGUAUUUGUGCCAACAAAUACAUGGUAAAGAGUUGUGGCAAGGAUGGCUUUCAUAUUCGAGUGAGGCUUCACCCCUUUCAUGUCAUCCGAAUCAACAAGAUGUUGUCCUGUGCUGGGGCUGACAGGCUCCAGACAGGCAUGCGUGGUGCCUUUGGGAAGCCCCAGGGCACAGUGGUCAGGGUUCACAUUGGCCAGGUCAUCAUGUCCAUCCGCACUAAGCUGCAGAAUAAGGAACAUGUGAUUGAGGCUCUUCGUAGAGCCAAGUUCAAAUUCCCUGGCCGCCAGAAGAUCCACAUCUCAAAAAAAUGGGACUUUACUAAGUUUAAUGCAGAUGAAUUUGAAGACAUGGUUGCUGAGAAGAGACUCAUUCCUGAUGGCUGUGGGGUCAAAUAUAUUCCUAAUCGUGGUCCCCUGGACAAGUGGCGAGCCCUACACUCCUGAGGGCUUUCACGGUGCUCUCCUGUACCCUACCAAAUCAUGUUCAGUAAUAAAUCUCACAUCCAGU